CCGCGCCGGGCUCGAUCCAGGGCGUCCCAGCUACGUCCCGCCACCCCCCACCCCCGCAGUCGCCGGGGCAGAGGCGAGGCCCGGGGAGCAGCGGGGCUGCCAUGGCGGAGCCAGAGGCCACGGCCGAGGACCUGGACGCCCUCAUCGACGACCUGGACUACCUGCCGGGCCACUUCCACCUGGAGAUGCAGCUGAACUUCGAGCCGCGCUCGCCGGCCUCGCUCCGCGCCCGGGACCUGAAGCUGCAGCGGGACGGCUUGCGGCAAGAGCUCAAGCUGGCGGCCGCCCCGCAGCGCCCCGCCGUGCGCCACCUCCUAGGCACCUUCGCCUUCUACCUGGACGAACUGGACGAGGCCCGCGAGCUCUUCCUCGAGGUGGCCCGCGAGGACCCGGGCAACCUCAACGCCUGGGCCAACCUGGCGCACGUGUACGGGCGGCUGGGCCAGGAGGAAGAGGAGGAGGCGAGCGCCGGGCGGCUGGCUGGCCUCAUGGGCCUGGCGGCGGAGCGCGAGGCGCCGGGGGACCCCCAACGCCGGGCGGCGCGCUGCCUGGCCGAGCAAGGCUAUGCGCACGGCUUCGACGUGGGCUGCGCCAGCCCGGAGGAGCGGGCACAGGUGCUGGCCGCCGGCAUCGCGCUCUACGACAAGGCGCUGGGCUACGGGCAGCAGAUCCCAGUGGAGGAGAAAAGGGGCUGGUACUUCACCAUGGCAACGCUCUUCAUCAGGCUAGAUGGCAUCUUCCUGGAAAUGGGCAGCGAGGAGCAGAAGAGGCUGCCCGCCUUCAACCGCACGCUGGCCCUGCUCCGGCAAGUGCUCAAGUCCUCAGACCCCCACCACCAAGCUCUGGCCUGGUGCUACCUCGGGAUGCUGCUAGAGAGGAAGGACACCUUCUCCACCACCCCCAUGGGUGUCCACGACUGCGGGUACUCGGGAACCGACCCCCUGGACUGCUUUGGCAAGGCUAUUGAGAUAGCCAAGGACCAACCCCCCAUCCUGAAUCGCCUGGCCAAAAUCUUCCACUUCCUAGGAAAGCAGGACAUGGCCAUUGGAACCUGCAACAUGGCUCUAGAUAUCCUACGAGAUCCGGAGCUCAACUGGCAGGCAUACUGCACAAGGGCCAAGAUCCACCUCAGAGCCUACCUGCACGACCUGGAGCGAGCCAAGAUGGGGCUCGGGGGCAUGCCUGACAGGAACCACCUGUCCUGCGCCAAGGCCGAUCUGGAGGAAGUGGUCAAGGUGUGCCCAAGCCUCAAGACCUACCUGGACAUCGGCCAGGUCUACUACUACAUGGGUGUGGACGCCGUGCAGGAGCUGCUGGCGGUGGACGAGGCGGCGCUGAACCAGGCGCUGGUCUUCCUGGCCAAGGCCGGCGAGUCGGAGCUGGGCGCCACCUUGCCCGAGCUGCAGCUGCUGCGCGGCAAGUGCCUGCGCAUCAAGGGCGAGGAGGCCAACGCGGCGGCCUGCUUCAAGCGCGCCGUGGAGCUGGACGACGCGGGCUCCAGCCACACCGAGGGCUUCGGCUGCCUGCUCGAGGCGCUGCUGGCGCAGUGGAGCCAGGCGCAGCUGAGCGACGCCGAGCUGGGCCGCGAGGUGGACGCGUGGCUGCGCCGCGCCCAGGGCAAGUACCCCGCGGCGCGCCUGUGCCAGGAGCUGCAGCGCGUGUGGCGCGGCCACACGGGCGAGGUGCUGGGGCUGGCCCGGGCCCUGGUGGCCCAGGGACGGCCGGCGCUGGUGCGGCUACUCUUUGAGACCAUGGAGCAGGACGGCGACGUCGCAGGCGUGCCGCGGGGCCGCCGAGCCUUCUCUCUCUGAGGGGCGUCGAAGCCCCGCCCCGUCGAGGCCCCGCCCUACCUACAGCCGAUUGGGCGCUCAAAACGGGCCUGCCCUGCCAUAGGCUGGCGGGUGAGC